CACUCCGCUUUUGACAUGGAGGAAGUAGAGGAGGUCAGCUCGGGAGAAGGAGGAGGAGGAGGAGGAGGAGGAGGAGGAGGAGGAGGAGGAGGAGGAGGAGGAGGAGGAGGAGGAGGAGGAGGAGGAGGAGGAGGAGGAGGAGGAGGAGGAGGAGGAGGAGGAGAUAACAUGGAGGUCACUACGGAGGAGGAAGUCGGAGCCCGUCCGUCAAGUAGUAGUUGACGUCACCAAGGGUCUUGCAC